CCUCCUCUGACUGGCUGCCUAGCACCAACACCCGCCCCGCGUCGCUGUUGACAGACCCGGGAGUCGAAGCGGUCGGAGGGCUUUACGGCUGUGGAAUGCCGAAAACUCGAAACAAGGACUGGAAAUGACUUGAAACGAUUCCUGGAGAAAGGAUUUCCUGCAGCUGAAGGUCGCUGGGGCCCAGUAAGACUCAUUAAGACCAAGGUCACAGGCUAACUGCUAGCCGGAUAGCGCAACCUUCACAAUUUGUCUCCUCCCCACGUGAAGAAACGCUGGCAAUUAAGACCAGCAGAAAAACUAGAAGAAAUUAAGCAAUUAAGCUCCUUCCACCUUCUCAAUUCUGUGAUUUAAUGUUCCUGUUUUAGCUUGACAAAACAUCGAAUACUUUAAAAUCAUUGGCACCAUUUCUUAUCUCUGAAUUCUAGUUUUACAAGGUUCUCUCCCAGCUGUACUGACUAAAUGCAUUAAAUAGUAGUGGGUAAGGAUUACGGAGCUAGUCUUGUGAUAGAAAUCCAGAUUGUCAAUUAUUACAUUGCAUCCCCAAAUCCUGGGUAGCAAGAAAAAAAAAAAAAAAUCUUAAUGUCGACUUCAUACAGAGUUCUGAACCCAUCUGGUAUGGAAGUUUUUUGAUUUAGUGUUUCACACUAAUAAUGUUUAUGGUGUAAAACCUCAGUCCGCUCAGCCAGGAUUGAUGGGCAUGCAGUGGUAUUAAUGGGAAUCCCACAUUACCUUGAAACGAUAGGCCUCUAGGGGAGAAGACAUUGAAGUUCUCGCUCUAGGACACCUCCCUCUGAGGAAGGAGAAGUGCUAGGGAUGUGUGAGAACACACUAGACCGUGCUGUAAAAAUACACAGUUCGGCUCUCCUCUAGUACUUCUCCUGCAAGCUGCCUAGGCGUAAGGGUGAUUUCCUGUUCUCUCUUCGCCUUCCGACAGGCAUAGUAUCCAAGCAUUCUGAACAUGGAGCCAGCGCUUUUCAACUCCCUUCUAUAAUCUGGCUCCUAGGUAUGUUAUGUAUAAAAGUGGCUACUUUCCAUAAUAAAUGAAAAUGGCCAAUUCUUUGAGAGGAGAAGUACUGAAUCUUUAUAAAAAUCUGCUGUAUCUUGGACGAGACUAUCCAAAAGGAGCAGACUAUUUUAAAAGGCGUCUGAAGAAUGUUUUCCUAAAAAACAAAGAUGUGAAGGACCCAGAGAAGAUCAAAGAACUUAUUGGACGGGGUGAAUUUGUAAUGAAAGAGCUAGAAGCCUUAUACUUCCUUAGGAAAUACAGAGCGAUGAAACAACGCUAUUAUUCAGAUACCAACAAAACUAACUGAUCUAUAUUACUAUAAUUUGACUGGAAUUCAGUGCCAGCUCUUUAUGUACACCAGAUAUAACAGUAUCUGCAACUUAAAAUGGCAAGAUGUACACAUUAUGUAAAAAAUACCUGAGCUGCCUUAAUGAACUAAAAUAAGCAACUUUGGUUCACAAAGCUUUAUCAGCAACCCUUUAUUAAUUUUUAUACAAAAUCAGCAAUAUAGCCAACUACCAAUUAAAAAUUAACGAGUACCCAA